CGAGCCCCCUGCGUCGUCAGACAAGGGGUGCUUGGCCCGAGCGAAACGCGUACAAUCGCGACGCUUACAGCGAACGAGAAGACGCAAGCGUUCGCUUGAGAACGCCACAGCUCGCGGAUAAACAACGUCAUUAUGAGGUGGACAUGCACAUCCCUAAUAUGGGUUCUUCUCGCUGUAGCUGCAACAGCCCAAGAGGAUAGAUAUAAUAGAGUGCCAACCAUGCACCAGUCAUCAAGCCACGUUCCGGCGUGGCGGGGGCCGGCGGCUAAGAAGCGUGUCUGCUACUACGUCCUGCCACCCACGUUGGACCCGGGCCCGGCGAUGGCCCAUCUAUGCACGCACCUGUUGUGCGGAUUCGCUGCCGUGCGCGACGACGCAUUAGUUCCGGAACGGCCGGAGGACACGAUUCAGUACAGGCGGCUGGUGGCUCUGAAGACCACCAAUCCGUCGCUGAAGGUGAUGCUGUCCCUGGGAGCGCUUGGCUCCAAGGGAGUAUUCAGCGCUGUCAUCGCUUCGUCGGAUGGAAGGAAAAAGUUUGUAGCAUCAGCUAUAGCGGUCCUUCGCGAGUACGGAUUCGAUGGCAUCGACUUUGACUGGGAAUUUCCUGGACAGGGAGCUCCACCGGAAGAAGACCGCAAAAACUUUGACGUCUUUCUCAAGGAAGUCCGCGAGUCAUUCAAGAACGAGUCGGAUGCAACUCACCGCAACGAAUUGUUGCUGUCAGUCGCUGUGGCAGCAACGGCGGAGCUCAUCCAGCAAGGGUACGAUGCGACAGCCAUCUCGCGGUACGCUGACUUCAUCAAUUUGAUGACCUACGACUACCACAUGUACAAGCCUUACCUACCGUUCACGGGCCACAACAGCCCCUUAUUCAAACGCAAAGUGGAAGAGGGCAUUUUCUCUACGCUUCACGUGGCCUGGUCGGCAGAGUACUGGGUGGAGCUGGGUGCCGACCGUUCCAAACUCGUCGUGGGGCUCCCACUGUACGGGCGCACCUACACGCUCCUGCGGCCAGAGUCGCAUGGCUUCGACGCACCAGCCACGGGCAUUGGACCGUGUGAUGGCUCCGUCCCAUACCCUUGGGUCUGCGAGUUCCUGAACGACGGUGCCACGUCAGUGUUUGAUGACGAGAGUCAGGUCCCGUACGCCUACAAGAAUCUCACCUGGGUCGGCUACGACAACGUCGCCAGCAUUCGCUCCAAGGUGGUGUGGGUCGUUGCUCGAGGCUUCGGCGGCGUGAUGACCUUUGCGCUUAACGACGACGACGCCGAGAACGUGUGCGGACACGGGCAUUUCCCAAUCCACGCCAUGAUUCGCAACAUGCUCUCAUCCUGACCCGGAGAGUGACGCUGCGGAGCGAAAACACGUCUGGCAGGAAAUGGGGGCAUCACCGAUCGCGGCGACACGCAGCGGGCAAUCCGUUGUGCUUGGCACCACGUUCUCUGGCUUAGCUGGAGAGAAGCGUUCACCUCGGCGCGACCAUGUAUGGGACCAUGUAUGGGACUGCAUGGCGCGACCAUGUAUGGGACCAUGUGUGGGACCAUGUGUGGGACCAUGUGUGGGACCAUGUGUGGGACCAUGUGUGGGACCAUGUAUGGGACCGUAUGGGACCAUGUAUGGGACCAUGUAUGGGACCAUGUAUGGGACCAUGUAUGGAACUUCCGAAAGCAAUCAUUUAUACAGACGGCAAAGCUACCUCUGUACACACGUCAUCUCCAUUCGUUUGUUGUGAAUGCUUGUGAUCAUAAGAUGCGUAUCUUAAAUCCACUACCUGCAAUUUCUUUACAUGCAUGUGCUUUCCUUUGUAGGGACUUAUUUGCAGGAUAAGUAUGCAACCCAGCCGACUUAUGUCAGAACAAAGCUCCACUGCUAAUACUUUUGAUUGCACUUUCAUUGCUGACAAGGCAUGUGCUGCACACUGCUGGUGACAUGCUUUAUUACCAGGUAUAUGAAAUACAAAAACUUUGAAGCUUAACCUUCUUUGCAUCACUGUUUUUUUUUGUAGCAACCAAUUGGACUUGAAAGGAUAAAGUAGCAAUUAUAAACCACCUUUUUCUCAAAAAUCUACAUUAUGUUCCAUGUCUUGUGAAAUCAAUUACAGUAUUUAAAUGCCUUAGAGGCUGGGUACCACACUUUUCGUUGCCUACAUGGCGAGACCUGCUUCACAACCUGUGGUAUGCAGUUGCUUUACGUGCUACGGCAGCAGCAAUCCUUACAAAUACAUGAAUACUUUUUGGUUAAUAGUACAUAUUUUAAAGGACCCUUGGCAGUCAUACUUCUGUUUGUGACUAUCAUGCUUUAAUUUGUAACUUAACCUUGUGUCUGAUAAUGCAGAAAGUGAAUCGAAAAUGUUUAAACGUACCAUGCGGCUAAUGUUAGUGUCACUUAAAAUAAAACGCACAUUCUGAAGUCACA